UUCGUAAAUUGGACUCAUUUCCUUAAACCCUAAACCCCUAACAGCCUAUAAAACAAGAGUACUAAGAUUUUGCACAGAAGCAGAGCAGCCAUUUCUCUCUUUCGAGUUCGAAAUGGUCGGUCCAUUGCUUCGAUCUCUCUGGUCCACAACUAGGAGAUCCUUUUCCUCCUCCUCGUAUGAUUCCCAUAUCAAACCUUUAUCCUAUGCUCGAACUUUCUCCACCGCCACCGCUACUGCCCCCGUCGGCUCCGCCGCAACUUCACCCGGCGGCGCGCUGGAUCCCGACAGGCUCAGGAAUGUCGCGGUUAUAGCUCACGUCGAUCAUGGAAAGACCACUCUCAUGGAUAGGCUGCUUCGUCAGUGCGGCGCUGAUAUACCUCACGAGCGUGCCUUAGAUUCUAUCGACCUUGAACGAGAGCGCGGCAUCACUAUUGCUUCUAAGGUUACAUCCAUCUCGUGGAAGGACAAAGAGCUAAACAUGGUGGACACUCCUGGACACGCAGAUUUUGGUGGUGAAGUUGAGAGGGUUGUUGGCAUGGUUGAGGGAGCAGUCUUAGUUGUUGAUGCUGGUGAAGGUCCUCUUGCACAGACAAAAUUUGUUCUUGCCAAGGCCCUAAAAUAUGGUUUACGCCCCAUUCUUCUUCUCAAUAAAGUAGACAAACCUGCAGUGACUGAAGAGAGAUGUAAUGAAGUUGAGAGCCUUGUAUUUGAUCUUUUUGCAAACCUUGGUGCUUCAGAGGAACAAUUAGAUUUUCCUGUUCUUUACGCUUCAGCGAAAGAAGGAUGGGCAUCUUCCACAUAUACAAAAAGUCCUCCUGAUGUGAAGGAUAUGUCACAAUUGCUCAAUGCCAUUGUUGGGCAUGUUCCUCCACCGAGUGUCAGCCUAGAUGCCCCUUUUCAGAUGUUGGUUUCCAUGAUGGAGAAAGAUCCUUAUCUUGGUCGUGUUUUGACGGGUCGUGUAACUUGUGGAGUUGUUCGUGUCGGUGAUAAAGUACAAGGGCUGAAGAAGACAGACGAUGGAACUGUGAAAAUUGAAGAAGGAAAGGUUGUAAAGCUGAUGAAAAAGAAGGGUAUGAGAGCAGAUCCAGUUGAUAGUGCUGGUGCAGGUGACAUAGUGUCCAUGGCAGGUUUGUCAAGUCCAACAAUUGGACACACGGUUGCAAAUGCAGAGGUUAUGACAGCGUUGCCCACAGUUGUGCUUGAUCCCCCAACCAUCUCCAUGACUUUCGGUGUCAAUGAUUCUCCCUUAGCUGGUUCUGAUGGUAUUCAUUUGACUGGAGGGAAAAUUGGUGACCGGCUGCUAGCUGAAUCAGAAACAAAUCUUGCCAUAAAUGUUCUCCCCAGUACAUCAGAAUCAUAUGAAGUGCAGGGUAGAGGUGAACUUCAAUUAGGUAUCUUAAUUGAGAACAUGAGACGCGAAGGAUUUGAGCUCUCUGUCUCCCCACCUAAAGUCAUGUACAAAGUAGAGAAAGGUGCUAAGCUUGAGCCAAUUGAAGAAGUGACUAUUGAGGUUGAUGACGAGCACGUAGGUUUAGUCAUGGAAGCUCUUUCUCACAGGCGAGGUGAAGUUACUGACAUGGGCCCUGUUCCUGGCAACAUGGGAAGGACUAGAAUGUGUCUGACAUGUCCUUCAAGAGGGCUAGUCGGCUAUAGAAGUGUGUUCAGCAGUGACACCCGUGGCUCUGGAUUUAUGCACCGGGCUUUUCUGACUUAUGAAAAAUAUCGUGGUCCUCUGGGAAAUGUCAGGAAAGGAGUUCUAGUAUCAAUGGGCCGUGGGUUAAUCACUGCUCAUGCACUGACGGGUUUAGAAGCUCGUGGAGUUCUCUUCGUGGCUCCUGGGAUGGAGACAUAUGAUGGCAUGAUUAUUGGAGAACAUUCUCGAGAUACAGAUCUUGAUGUCAACCCGGUUAAGGCAAAAGAACUCAACAAUAUAAGGGCCGCUAGCAAGGAUGAGAAUGUCAAGUUAACUCCUCCUCGCCUUAUGUCUCUUGAGGAAGCCAUAGGAUAUGUUGCUUCCGAUGAGCUUAUCGAGGUUACCCCAAAAGCCAUUAGGCUAAGAAAGAGAUACUUGGAAGUGAACAAGAGAAAAUCAAUGAGCAAGAGGCCCAAGGAUUGAAGCAUUUUUCUUCAUUUUUAUGUUAUACACAUCUUUACACUUAUAUAGAUAGAAAAAAAAAUUGUAUCACAUAAUAUUCUUUUUUCAAGCACUGUCUAUCAGUAAAUGUAUUUCAGCUUAUUAGAGGCAGAGUUACCAAAACUAAAAGGAUGCUUGAACGCAAUAAAAUUUUGUCCAACUUUGACCUU